UCCAUUCUCAUUGGGUGGAUGUGUUUGUCGUGUCGCUUUGGCAUAGACUGCUUUGACUAGAGAUCUAGAAAUCUAGUGUAUUAGGCCUAUCGGUCUUUUUAAUGCACACGCAACGAUGGCGAUCAUUUUGUAUUUAUUGAUAUCCUUUUUCACAGUUAUUAAUGCAGACGAACGAACAGACGACACAUUUUUUGUUAAACCAGGAGCAGGAACCUUAAGCGUUCAAACCGAACUGAAAAAUUACCAGUGCAAGUUCUCUUACACAGCACAAGGUGGAACUCAUGAGGAAUGGUCUCUAAGCCUAGAAAUCUUAGAUGGUGGAAAUGCUGUUAUGUGCACUGUUGAGCGAGGUGUUGCAUCGUAUCUGUUCUUCCAAGAUUUUAAAAUGGAGCUCACAGGUCCAAUGGUAUCAAUAACAGAUGUGGAUGUUAAGAAUUCUCAAAGAGACAAUUUGAGUUUGCAAAAGGAUGAAUACUUACUGGAAAAAAAUUCAAUAUCAAGUAUUGCUGGGAAGUUUAAAAACCAUUUAGAAAAAGUUGCUGUUUAUUCACCGUUAUCUCGUGAUGACCUUUAAGUUAUUUUUAGUGUGAACCACAAAGUAAAAGAAAAUAUCCAUUACAUGUUACCCUUAGGAGUUUUAUAAAUGUUUUUUCUAGAUUUUAUGCUUGUUUUACUUCAAGAUCUAUAGGGAAGCUUUGAAUGUUUGAAAUGAAUAAUAGUUCUGAAUGAUGUGCAAGCAUGUUGAUAAUUAUUUUAUUAAAAUGUAUUUUAUUGAAAUUGUUUGACAUUAUAUUGGCAAUAACUUUAUCAAGUAAUGAUAGUUUUUUUUUAUUACAAUUGCAAUGGGCAAGGCCUAUCUUUGGUAUAUUGCACUUUUUUUUGUCACUGAAAAUUAGAUAUUUUUAAAUUAAACAUUUUUAAAUUUUAUUAAAAUUCAUUUUAACAGUUAAGUUUUCACCUAGAAAAGGUUAUAAAAUUCCACAUAUAUUAUUUCAGACAAUUAAUAAAUGUGAACACUAAAUAAAAUAUUAAAUAUAAAGUAAAGUAUGCUAAGUUUGUUUUUGAAAAACACAUCAUAUUCAUCAACUCAUCAUUAAAAUGUGCCUAAAUCACCAUUUUCCUUAAUUUUCUAAAGCUUAUUUUGAUUUUCUUUUCUGUUUAUAUCUGUUAACAGUUUUAUAUUGCAUUCAGUGCAAUAAUGCACAAUUUUUAGAUUUUAAACAUUUAUGGUAGAAGGACAGUUUUUAUUUAAAAAUUUUAAGUUACAUUGUUUUUAUGUGGGGCAAUAUGGUUAAAAACCAGCUGAAAGCACCAGAUCUGAUGGAUCCUUACUUGAGAAAAUCCAGUUGGGCAUAAUGCAGACCUAUUAAUAUGGUUAGGUUUAACUUCACCUCGUCUGCCCUAUUGGCUAUCAAGUAACAAACAUACAGUAUGAAAUACAAACUUAAACAUCUUGGUUUAUGAAGCUAAUUCUCUAAAUUUUAAAAAAAAUUUAUUAUUAAUUUUUUAUUAUGCUUUGUUAUUCCACAAUUUAAUAACCACAUGGUAAUGUUAGUUACAGUUAAUGUACAACUUGUAUUUGCUUUUAUUCGUUACACUGGGA